AUGGCACUGUUUCUUCUAUACGAAUCCGCUUCGGGCUACGCACUGUUUGAGGCUCAUGGCCUCGACGAAAUUGGUCAGAACACCGAGGCAGUUAGGAACUCCGUUUCCGACCUCAACAGGUUUGGGAAAGUAGUUAAGCUUCGUUCCUUCAACCCUUUCACUUCCGCUCUUGAUGCCCUCAAGCAGUGCAACGCAGUCUCCGAAGGCAUAUUAACUGAUGAGUUGAGGACUGUUUUGGAGACUAACUUGCCUAAAGUAAAAGAAGGUAAAAAGGGCAAGUUCAGUGUUGGUGUGUCCGAUCCUAAGAUUGGUUCUCAAAUAUCUGAAGUGACUAAGAUUCCUUGCCAGAGUAAUGAGUUUGUGAGUGAACUUCUUCGCGGCGUGCGACUCCAUUUUGAUACCUUUGUGGGUGAUCUCAAGUCCGGAGAUUUGGAAAAGGCUCAACUUGGUCUGGGGCAUAGUUACAGCAGAGCAAAGGUGAAAUUUAAUGUCAAUCGAGUGGACAACAUGGUUAUUCAAGCUAUCUUCCUCCUAGAUACACUUGACAAGGAUAUCAAUUCGUUUUCUAUGAGAGUUAGAGAGUGGUAUUCAUGGCAUUUCCCUGAGCUGGUGAAAAUAGUAAAUGAUAAUUAUCUGUAUGCCAAAGUUUCAAAAUAUAUUGAGGAUAAGGCCAAGUUGACUGAAGAGAAGAUUCCAGGCUUAACUGACAUAGUUGGGGAUGAAGAUAAAGCAAAGGAAAUUGUGGAAGCUGCCAAGGCCUCCAUGGGACAGGAUUUGUCACCAGUUGAUUUGAUCAAUGUCCAACAAUUUGCACAAAGGGUGAUGGAUCUGUCUGAGUACAGGAAGAACCUGUAUGAUUACCUGGUUGCAAAAAUGAAUGAUAUUGCACCAAAUUUGGCCUCUCUAAUUGGUGAAGUUGUUGGUGCUCGUUUGAUUUCCCAUGCUGGUAGUCUCACAAAUUUAGCUAAGUGCCCCUCGUCAACUCUUCAAAUUCUUGGUGCAGAGAAGGCUUUGUUCAGGGCAUUAAAAACAAGAGGAAACACUCCCAAAUAUGGUUUGAUAUUCCAUUCUUCUUUUAUUGGUCGGGCAUCUGCCAAAAACAAGGGCAGAAUGGCUCGUUACCUUGCAAAUAAAUGCUCAAUUGCGUCAAGGAUUGACUGCUUUUCUGAAAGGGGUACUACUGUUUUUGGGGAAAAACUGCGUGAGCAAGUUGAGGAACGACUCGACUUUUAUGACAAGGGAGUUGCACCUCGCAAGAACAUAGAUGUCAUGCAAUCUGCUAUUGAAAGUGCUGAAAACAAAGAUACAGAGAUGGAAACAGAAGUGCCUGCUGAAGUUUCAGGCAAGAAAGCCAAAAAGAAAAAACAAAAAGCUGCUGCCGAAGAAGGCGAUGACAUGGCUGUAGAUAAGCCUACAAAAGUUACUAAUGGUGAUGCUGUGGAGGAUCACAAAUCAGAGAAGAAGAAGAAAAAGAAAGAAAAGAGGAAAUUGGGACAGGAAUUGGAACAUGACGAUCAGGAUGAUGGUGCCAAUGGGGUCGUGAGUGAGCAGGAUGGAACAGCUAAAAAGAAGAAUAAAAAGGAUAAUAAUGAAGUAGUGGAGGCUGGUGAAGAGUCUAAGAAGAAGAAAAAGAAAUCAAAAAAGAAGGAUAACGAGUAA